ACAGUUCGACAACAAUAGAAAAAUAGUGUAAAUAAAACUACAUGGGCAUAUCUUGUACAGGCCAUGACGGUUAGGCAAGUGUUUGCUCAGCUGAGGAAGUGGGCUAGUCUACAUUGCCCUACAUGUAAUAGGAUGUGGUUAUUCUUUUUUUUCAAUAACGUUUACAUUUUUUCGGAUACGAGAGCGUCUGGCUACAUUUCACUUAAUAAUUUAGUGUUUGAAGGCGGUCUUAACACGGGCCAAUGGUAGCAGAUAUGACAAUACAGUAAACCGAGAGUGAACAAAGACUCAGGACGUGGGAGUGUUAGAACCGGAUUUCAAGUUCACUCAUGAUGUGAAAUAUUUGGAACAGUUAAGUGUUGAAAGCCUGCUAAGAGGGUGUUGCAGCUUUUGAGAGGCGCAGGGAUCCUCAGGAGAGGUCUAGGUGCGUUCAAAUAAGCAUCUCUAAAAUCGAACAUCUCAAUUUUACCAUAAAACGCGAACCUCAGCCUUCUUACCAGCAGAGUCAUCAUCACUCAUAAGAUGACAGCAUGCUACAGACAGCUGAUUCUUCCAAGAAGGCUAUGGCAGAAGUGGAAAUAUUCCUGCUUCUAUUCAGGCAGUGGAUUUCAUUCAAGGCCUUUCUGCUCAAGUCGGCCUGAAACGGAUCCCAUAGAGAUCCACAAGAAGAAGUUGACUUUAUGGUUCAGCCAUGUGCCUAAGGAAGAGAAGCAGUUUGGGGGUUACUUCACACCCGAGACCAUGCAUGUAGAGCCUCUCAUCUUAGAGAAGAAGCCAGAGGAGAGGAAAGGGCCCCUGACAACUCACUUCCCCAAGGCAUUAGAGGGGUCUCAGAGCCCCUCAGUCACUGUGGAGCAGCUGUUUGAACCCACCCAGGAAGUAAGUAGGGAGAAGGGUGUCAACGUGCUGCUGUAUGGGGCUGUGGGCACAGGGAAGAGCACAGUGGUGCGGAAGCUGAUUCUAGACUGGUGCGCCGGGCUCACUUUAACCCAGUUCAAACUACUGGUGCCCUUCUCCUGUGAAGACCUCUCCCAGUUAUCCAAGUCUACGUCUCUUAGAGACCUGGUCAGCAGGAAGUAUCUGCACCUAAAGAAGAUCCCCAUGCUGAGUGGAGAUAAUGACCAGGCCAAGGACGUACUGUUUGUUUUUAACGGCAUGGAGAAGAUGAAACUGGACUUCCGUAUUAGUUCCACAGAGCUGUGCAGUGACCCCAACGAGGCCCUCCCAUCUGGAGCAGUGGUGGUGAACCUGCUUAGGAAGUACAUGCUGCCUGAGGCCAGUAUUUUGGUCACCACCAGGUUGUCUGCUCUUGACCGCAUCCCUCUGAAGUAUGUGAAACGCUACGCUCAAAUAUGUGGCUUCCGUGACCCAGAUCGCCAGCGGGCAUACUUUGCAAGCCGACUGCUGCAACAGAGCGGAGAAAACCCAAAGACCCAGGAGGCCCAGUCCCCCAUUGAUCAGCUCUACCUUGCCCUGCAGAGGGACAGCCAGUUGAAGGAUGCCUGCUCUUCACCCUCCUAUUGCUGGCUGACCUGUGCCACCCUCCACCUUUUACACUUCACUGAUGCUAAGGCCCCGAUAUGUACGCUUACCGGAAUCUAUACCAGCUUCAUGAGGCUCAACUUUGGCGGAGAGGUGCUGGACACGGGUGAUGGUGUACCUUCUGUAGAAAACCAGAACUCAUUGAUGCUUCAUGUAGUCCGCACGGUGGGCAAACUGGCUUUUGACGGAGUCACUAAAAAACAAAGUUCCUUCACUGAGGAGGAACUGGAACAGUUUGUGGGGGGCAAAACGAAAACAGAUGAGGAACUGCGUCAGCUGGCUGUGUUUCGCACUGAUGUUCUUGACUUCUUUCUGGUGCCCUGUGUCAAGAACAAAAGGUCAGAGGUCUAUGAAAAGGAGAAGCGGUAUGUGUUUGCUGUCCCCACCAUGCAAGAGUACCUGGCUGCCCUCUAUGUGGUCCUUGGCGAGAACAAGACAGUUCUGGAGAAGCUGAGCAAAGAAGUGAGCUUGGCCUUUGGGCAAGUGGGCGAAGAUGUAAACACCCUCAUCAACAUCUUCUCAAAGUUCAUACCCCUCAAGAUCUUCACAGUCUUCAACCUGCUCAGGCUCUUCCCUAGCCUCUUUGAGAAGAUCAGCAGCCGCAGCAAGGGCCACAUCGCUCGCACCAUGGCAGCAGAGAUGUUUCGCACUGAUGACUACUUAAAUGAGGAUGUUCUGGACCAGUUGGAGCAGAGCCUGCUUGGAGUUCAUGGCCCCCAGCCCAAGGAGCAAUUGGACAGCCAGACCUAUGAACUUUACCCCAUCUUCAUGGGUGGCUUGCUGCACUACAGGAACAGAGAUCUGCUGGAGCAGCUGGGCUGCAGCAUCAAGAGCACCACGGUAGUUCAGAUCACAAAGUCCCUCAAGAAGCAGCUGGCUGCGGAUAUUGUCAAGCGACAGCCCCCAGAGGAGCUCAUGGACCUGCUGGUUCUUCUCUACGAAUUCCAAAAUCCACGGCUAACUGCUGAGGUUCUGCUCUCCAUCCACAGAAUCAAGUUGUCUAACGUGCGCUUGACACCACUCAAGUGCUUCAUCCUGGGCUCUGUUCUGGACUGCACACCCUCAAAGUACUACCUGGAAGAGCUAGACCUGUCUUCCUGUCACCUGACAGAAGACUUGAUUGACAUCCUGUUGCCUGCCUUUCAUCACACUUAUAACCUCAAUCUUCAGUUUAACCGCCUGGGUCCUGAGUCCUGCAUUCUCCUGAGGGAUGUUCUGCUUGACCCCAACUGUACUAUUAGAUCUUUACAACUGUGUGAUAAUCCCCUGUUGGAGUCCGGGGCUGACUACCUGCUGGACGCCCUUCCAGGGAACCGGUCUCUCAGGAAGCUUUCCCUAAUGCACACGGGCAUGGGCAACGCGGGGGCCUGCAAGCUUGCCGAGAAGCUCAGUCAGCACACAGGCCUGGAGGAGCUCAAUGUGGCGUACAACAACAUCGGGGACAGCGCUGCUCUGACGCUGGUGGAUGCCUGUCGAGAGCACCCCAGCAUCCACACUGUGCACUUGUACUUGAAUCCUCUCAGUAACGAAGGGAAGCUGUUGCUGUGUGACCGAGGGCUCCCGUUGGAGCAGGGAGGCACAGGCCGACGAGUGAAAGUUCUGGCCUCGGUCACCGAGGGCUCAGAAAUCUCAGAGAACUGGCACCCCAUCCUGAGCGUGAUCCGUCAGAACGCCUUGUCCUGGGAGAGGGAACGGGUCCGAGAGCAGCUGCAGAUCUUCCUCCAGGACCUAGAGUGGGGCAGGCAGCAUGCGCCAAGCUUCUGGAAGAAGAUGCACUUCCGUAGGGUGGAGAAUGGUGUCAGACAGACCCUGCAGAUGCUGGGACAUGGAGACACUGCGGAUGCUGUAAAAGGGGACCAGAGGGGACCAAGUAAUUGACAAGCAAUGUCUGUUUUGACAAAGUUGAGCCAUUAGUAUCAACCCACAUAUCCAUUGCUGUGGAUACUUGUAGUUUGACAGCCAAUUAGUGGGAUAACCAAUUCUAUGCAAAAUUACGCAAUUAGAGAUAUUUUUUGGAAGAAAGUGUCCUUUUCAAGCCUACAAAUUAAGGUUUAUGACUGAUUGUGUUGAAAUGUGCACACAGCCAUAUAGUUAUUAGGUGUUAUGUUUUUUCCCUUUUCUUCAUUUAGUCUGUGUCAGUGUUAAAUAGAUGUUCAGGUGGUUUAAAAGGGAACAUGUAUUUGUAAUGCAUUAUUAAUAGAAAAAAUUAUGAGAUAAAAUUGAACUACAUGGAUUGAUACUUGAAAAUACAUCUACAGUUGAAUUGCGCAUAACGCAAAAGCCAAUGGUGGGGUCAACAUUUCUGCUACAUUCUCUACAUUAUUAUAUUAUUUCUGCUACAUUAUCUAAACACAUUUUUUUCCCCCUGCUGCAGCCAAUGGCUUCAAUAUCCCCAUGGGACUAAAACGCAUGAUAUGUUGUUAUUAAUGUGCUACAUCAUGGAAACCAUAUUCCGAUCAAAACAGACAAAAUCGUUUUGAAAACAAUGUUUCUGAAUAUAAUGGACAUGUUGUUAAGCCCAUUGUGCCAAUAUUGGGUAAUGGGAAGUACAUUGACAGCUGUUUGAUGUUAAGAUGGACGCGACAUAUCUAUCAUUUGGGAUUUAAUUCAUUUGCUUGUUGAACCUUUUGGUUCCAAAUAUAAUUCAGGUACAACUUAAACCCCAAUGGUGCAGAAGCCCUUGGGUUAUUUUUUCCCCCUGAAAGUGUAUAUUAUAUGCAAUCAUGUGUAGUAGAAGGUACAGUAGUAUUCCAACUGUUCUGAAAUGUGUCCAUGUAUUUACAAUGGUACAGACUUUAAGACUGUUUGACUCUACAAAAUGGAGAAGCAAUGGCACUGUAUGUUUGCAUUGAUUGAAAGUGUUUAAGGUAACUUGUGAAAAAUAAAAAGAUGUCAAAAUCAA